GGACGCGCGUUGUGCAAUUUUGUGAAAUCGCGACCGAUUCGUGGGAUGCAUCGAAUGCGCCAGCGGCGGAUCUUUGUCCCAGGAAAUUCUCGAAAGCGCAAUUUCGCUGGGACACUGAUACAGUUUCGAUGAUUAUCAGCGAGAUAACACACGAUAAUAGUAAUGCCUCCAAAGCAGAUAAAAGGGCGCGAUCGGCGGGCGCGAUUCGCCAAAGAUGGUUCAACGUCAUCACGUAUACGGAUACGAGAGCUUCCUGAAGUAUAUCAGGGACCUGAAGACCACGGAGCCGAUUUACGUGCUCUAUACUGGCACGAAGUUAGCGGACACCGGCAAAAGUUGGUGUCCGGAUUGCGUGGAAGCCGAGCCAUUUAUCGAAAAAGGUUUUGAAGCAGCAUCUGAGAAGACACAAUUAAUAAUAGUAGAAGUUGGAGAUAGGCCGUUCUGGAAAGAUCAGAAGUGUCCAUUUAGGACAAAUCCUGUUACCAAAUUGAAGGUCCUGCCAACUCUAGCAAGAUGGGGAACUCAGAAACGAUUGGAGGGUGAUCAAUUGCUGAAGCUUGAACUUAUCGAUAUGUUACUAACAGAUGAAGACGACUGAAGUUUUGUGAUAUAUGUAUAGUAUCUUUUUUGUACUUUUUAUAAAAAGUACAUAUCUUGAAUUAUAAAUGUAUUUUAAACUACAUUGUUGUAUAUCAUCUAUUGCUUUAUUCUUUUGUAUCUAUUCCGUUACCGUGCUUUGAAAAGAGACAUUGAAAUUACAAGAAUAAAGAGCAUUUAAAUUAAAAUAGUAGGAA